UAAAAAUAGUUCAACAAAGGCGUUCUCUUGAUUUCAAACGUAUCCCAUACGGUACCUCUACCUUUAUACACACACACACACACACACCUCCCAAAAACCCUCCGUCUCCACUAACAUUUCCUUCGAUCUCUGUCUCUCUAGCAGUUUCUCUCUCUACAAUUACAUAAUGAUGGCAGAUAAGGAGCAGCAACUACAACCACCAAAUGAGUAUGAAAGAAUUGAUGAAGAGGCACAGGCCAUGGAGCGUCGCAAGAAAAGAAUGAAGUGUUUGUCAUAUGUUGUGGCAUUUGCAGUGUUCCAAACUGCCAUUAUAUUGAUCUUUGCACUCACUAUCAUGAAAAUCAAAACUCCCAAAUUUCGCGUUCGCUCUACAACAUUCGAAACUUUUGCUGUGAACGCAUCAAACCCUUCAUUUAAUUUGAAAAUGAUUGCAGAACUCGGAGUCAAGAACACCAAUUUCGGUCACUACAAGUAUGACAACGCUACCGUCACCUUCUACUACAGAGGUUUACCGGUGGGCAGUGCUUUUGUUCCCAAGGCAAGAGCUAAAGCAAGAGCAACCAAGGAGUUCAAUGUCACCGUGGAACUCUCGUCGGCCAGUGUUAACAGCAAUUCGGCCUUGGUGAGUGACAUUAAUUCCCGAAUUUUGCCGUUGACCAGCACGGCUAAAUUGACCGGGAAAGUGGAGCUGAUGAAGGUGAUGAAGAAGAAGAAAUCGACGAAUAUGAAUUGCACCAUGGAAAUUCAUAUAGCGACCAGCGAUAUCCGAAAUUUGAAUUGCAAGUGACAUUAAUUUAUGUGUAUGUGUUUAUUUUGGACUUCAAUUUUUUUUUUUUUUACUCAUUUAGUCUGCCUAUUCUUUGUAUUAUUUAGAUUUGUAUUCAUAGUUACGAAUUAAAUUUUCUCUAAUUCAAUCCUAUAAAAUUAUUUUCUCGCUGAA